AUGCCUGUUGUUGCUCUCGUGUCCUCUUCCCCCUUUCUCAUCGUCUUGCGUUUUUUCGCCUCCCUCGCUGCGUUCCGCCUCCCCUGCGCUCGUUACCGACCGUGCGACGAGCAGCGGCGUUUCCACCAUCGGACUUUCCCGCACGAAUUCGGCGGCGGGGCAGCAACCGCGCCACCACCAGCACCUGCUGCUUCCAGAUUGUCAGCAGCAGCAGAAGCAGCAGCAACAGUAUUGUCUGGGACAGCAGGAUUCGCUAGUGGUGGCGGUGGUGGUGGUGGUUCUGCUGGUCCCGUAUCCUCCCUUUCCCCGCGCGCCCCUUCCCUCGCCCCCGGGGACACCGCCCCCUUGCCCUCGUCCGCUCCCGCGCAAUACCCCUUCCCGCACGCGCACUUCCCCCCGUACUCCUUCCGCCCACCCUCAUCCGCAAGCAGAGCGUCCGCGCUAGCCAGGAGGUCUACCCGCGGGGGGCGGCUGGGCGGAGGCGGAGGGGUGUUGAGGGGGAAAGGGGGAGUAGGCGGGUGGGGGAGCGAGAGUUCCGAUGACAUGACGGCUGCUGCUGCCGCUGCUGUCUCCGCGGCCUCCCCUGUUGCUACGGGCGCUGGCGGAAGCGGAGGUCGCGCGAGCGCGGGGAUGGGCGCGGGCGGGGGGGGUGAGCGGAUAGGGGGCGGGGCUGGAGCGCGCGCAGGUGCUUCUGUGGGCGUGGGAGGGUCGGCGGAUGGGCACAACGGGGUGUUUGUGAACCGAGGCCUUGCCACGUGGGUACACACGCGCCAGCAGUGGAGGACGGGGGGAGGGGCAGGGGGGCGAGCGCAGCUGGAGCAGAGGCAAAGGGGGGGGGUACCGGGGGGGGAGCGGGGGGAAGGGGCAGGUGGCGGAAGGGCGGAUGAUGCUGGCGGUAGUGGUGCAGAGCAGGAGGGGCGUGCAAAGGCAAAGAGUGCAAUCAGUCCCGGCACCACAUACGAGCAGCUCCUCUCCACCAACCGUCCCUUCCCCAACCCUGUGCCUUUGCCCGUUCCCCCCAUCUGCUCCUCCUCGUCUUCCAUAUGCUUUUGUGAGUCUCAGCGUUGUGAUUUCUUCUCGCCCCUCUCUUCUCGUCCCUCCCUUCUCGUCCCUCUCUUCUCGUCCCUCUCUUCUCGUCCCUCCCUUCUCAUCCCUCUCUUCUCAUCCUAA